AUUCACUCAGGCCCCGCCCCCGCUCCGCCCCGCAGGGAGCUCUCACUUGGGAGGAAGAAGCCGCCACAACGACUGUGCGGACGCUUCAGCCGCAUCAGCAUGAAGCUGCCCCGGAUCCCGCUCCGCAGGCAGAAGCUACCCAAGGUCGUAGUGGCCCAUCACGAUCUGGAUAACACACUCAACUGCAGCUUCCUGGAGCCACCAUCGGGGCUGGAGCAGCCCUCACCAUCCUGGUCUUCCCGGGCCUCAUUCUCCUCCUUCGACACCACUGACGAAGGCCCUGUGUACUGCGUGCCCCACGAGGAGGCGGCAACCGAGAGCCGAGGGAGCAAUUUGGAUCAGGAGAUUCUGCCAGGAUUCUCCAACUACCUCCCACCCCCGCCCUGUGGACCACAGCACCACAGGAGUCUGACCAAUGCUGGCACCUCAGAGAUCUCACCUGGCAGCUCUCUGGCUGGAUAUCACAUUGAGGUCAGCUUCAGUAACCCAUACAGGGACCCAGCCACCUGA